UUUGAAGUUACAGAAUUAAAAAAAAACAGAAAACAAAAACCACACACACAAACUACUGCAUAACUACUUAAAGGGAAGCAAGUCCUACGUGAGAUGUUCGCAUUCUGAGUUGUCUCCCAUGGUAGCAAUGCGUGCAAAGUUACUUUAAAAGAUGUAUUAGAAACUGGCUGUUUAACAAAGAAGCGAGCGUUUACCACAACUUCACUGGCUUUCUACACUACACCUGUUCACAGAAGCAAUAAGCACAUUUUAUUCGACUACAGCAAACGAUUUAAUGGUAUUUUGUGUGUGUUGAGUUAAAAGACUUGGAAACCACAGCGCUGUCUGCUCGACUUCUUGGAACUUAAUAACAACUGGACAUCAGUGAGUACAACAACUGUACAGCGCUUUGUAUUAUUAGCAGCUUGACAACUAAUCAUCUCGCCGGCAUGUCCGACUGUAAAGAUAUGGGUUUAAGUGAUUGGGGUUAUGUCGGCAUUGCCAUUAGAGCGGACUCGAUGGCGGAAGUCGUGAAAGAUAGCUUGGCAUAAUUUUUCUACAUAUUUUAUGUGAAUAUGUCUUUCUUUAACCACUGGGCCAUGAGUCAGACCGAGACAAUCAUUUCUGGUAAUAUGACCUUAAAGGAUAAAACUUGUAGUACCCCGCAAAAUAGAAAAAAUUCACAGAGUUAAAAGAAGGAAAAAUUCCACUGACCCAGUUCUAUGCCCGUUUCAUAGGUUCGGGCCAGGGUACACCAGACCCUUCUGUAUCCUUUUCUCAUCAAGAUAUUAUAUAUAAAUAUACUGUAUUGUGGGAGUGUGAAAUUAUUUCAACGCAUAUAAACUACAAAAUGCUCGACCCCCCUGUGCACAAUGGACCCUACCCAAGCCUCUCUCCCUCUUCUAUUCAAUGCACCCAACCGACCUAUGACCUACUACCGUUACUUCUACGUUCUGACCAACGACUGACAGUAUGAUUUGAAAGCAAAGGUCUCUAACACUUCCUAGCCUCUUGCUUCACUGUAUCGUAGGGACGACUGUAAACCAGCGUGUGUCUCAGCUGUGAAACUCUCCUCCGAACAUUCAGCGGACUGUCCGUGUAACCUGGAGAAUAACACAUGGUGUGUUCGCAGAAGUGGUCGAGACUGUCAUGGCCGCCCCUGCCUGAGGAGAAGCCGCCUCGAUUAUCCGGUUUUUGCUAAAGCUCCAGGGGCUGAGUCUCAGAAGAUUAAGUAGCUGAGAACGCGCUGUUUCUCUCAGUACUUGAACAAUUCAAAAAGAAAAAUUGAAUGUAAUGUUAGAAGAGGAAGCUAUGUCUGCCAUAAACAAUCCAGUCCAGGUCUCAUGUAUACACAGCAUAAAGACUGAACCGAGGUCUGUAGCUGAUCUACAAGACCUAAAUGAUAAAGUAAUGCUUAAGACAGAAACCACAUUUUGUUCUGAUACAAAUAUGACAUAUAGCUCAUCAAUGAACUGUGUACAGCUUAAAAACAUUUCUGGUCCAACUUACAUAAAACCUGAGUUUGCUAAGAAUAUUCCUCAAUCAAACUGGAAACAUGAGGAUGAUGUAAAACUGGAGCUAAGCUCUCAAGAUACCAUUGGUUGUAUUAAAACUGAGCAAGUUCCUGGUGAAGAACUUUGUCCCAUAAAAGCCGAGUAUACUGCACACAUUGAGCAGUCAGACUGCAGUCAUAAGAAUGCUGUGAAGGUGGAGUGCCACUGUCAAGAUGUCACCUGUUCAAUUAAGACUGAGCAGGAUUUUGUGCAGUGUGCAAAGACAGAAGAGCAGCUUGUAUCUAAGCAAGAAGAGCAAGAUCAUGCUCACAUGGUGAAGACUGAGACAGGUUGGCCUGGUCAUCAUGCAUUGUGGCAGAAUAACAUUGAUGGGAAUUGUCAAGAAAUGAGUGUUGGUAGAUGCAUAACUCCUGAGGUGACAGAUGUUGUGAGAGAAAAUCAACAUCAGACACAUGCGACUGUUACUGAAGUCACCAUUGAUUCCGCAACAGGAAGCAGAAGUGAUGCCGAGCCUUAUCAGUGCCAAGUGUGUUUAAGUUCUUUCAGUUUUUCAACCCUUCUCAUGAAGCACAUGAAAAUGCACUCUGAUUUUGAAGCUUACAAUUGUACUCCAUGUAGCGUUGUUUUAGAAAGAAUAGAUGCUUUAAAACAGCACAAGGAAACUAACAGAAAUAAAAGAUCUGACCACUGUGAUGAGAGACCUCACCAGUGUACUGUAUGUCAUGUAGCUUUCAAAAGAUUAAGUUCUCUAAAAAAACACAUGGUGACUCACAGUAAUUUGAAACCAUACCAGUGUACUUUAUGUCAUGAAGCUUUCAAAAGAUCAGGUGACCUAAAAAUACACAUGGUGAGUCACAGUGAUGUGAGACCUCACCAGUGUUCUGUGUGUCAUGUAGCCUUCAAAACACUUCGUGAACUGAAACAGCACAAAGUGAUUCACAGUGACGUGAAACCUUUCGAGUGCAGUGUAUGUCGGAAAAUGUUCAAGCGGUCUUAUGAGGUAAAGAAACAUAUGGUGACUCACAGUGAUGAGAGACCUUACCAGUGUUCUGUCUGUCGUUUAGCCUUUAAAACACCUGGUACCCUACGAAAGCACAAAAUGAAUCACAUUGAGGUGAGACCUCACCAGUGUUCUUUCUGUCAUGUAGCCUUCAAAACACCUCUUGGCCUAAAAGAGCAUAUGAUGGUGAAUCACACUGAGGUGAGACCUCACCAGUGAAGUAUAUGU